GCGGCGGAACCCGGAAGCGGGCGGUGUUUCUGCCAGAGCCGUUUCCUGCCCGGGACGCAGCGGCCAGGGCGGGAGCGGAGCCGAGCGCAGCCAUGGCUCACCAGACCGGCAUCCACGCCACCACAGAGUUAAAGGACUUUUUUGCCAAGGCCCGGAAUGGCUCGAUCCGUCUCAUCAAAGUCGUCAUUGAGGAUGAGCAGCUAGUGCUGGGAGCCUACAAAGAACUGUCUCGCCAUUGGGAUAAAGACUAUGACUCCUUCGUGCUGCCGCUGCUGGAUGAACAACAGCCAUGUUAUAUCCUCUACCGGCUGGACACCCAGAAUGCACAGGGCUUUGAGUGGCUCUUCAUCUCCUGGUCCCCUGACAGUUCUCCUGUUAGACUGAAGAUGCUGUAUGCAGCGACCCGAGCAACUGUGAAAAAAGAAUUUGGAGGAGGACACAUAAAGGAUGAGCUGUUUGGAACAGUUAAGGAAGACAUCUCACUAAGUGGCUACCAGAAGCAUGUGUCGUCCUGCUCUGCCCCAGCCCCGCUGACUGCAGCUGAACAGGAGCUCCAGCAAAUCCGCAUUAAUGAGGAUAAAGUUGCCCAGGUGAAGACUGAGAUCAGUGUGGAGAGUAAACACCAGACUCUGCAGGGCCUGGCUUUCCCACUGCAGCCUGAUGCGCAGCAGGCCAUCCAGUUGUUAAAGCAGAAGAAAAUCAAUUACAUCCAGCUGAAACUGGAUCUCGAGCGGGAGACUAUAGACCUGGUCCAUACAAAUGCCACGGAGCUAGCAGACCUCCCCAAAAGGAUCCCCCAGGACUCCGGUCGCUAUCAUUUCUUCCUGUACAAGCACUCUCAUGAGGGAGACUACCUGGAGUCUGUGGUGUUCAUCUAUUCCAUGCCUGGGUACAAGUGCGGCAUUAAGGAGCGUAUGCUGUACUCCAGCUGCAAGAGCCGGCUGCUCGACACUGUGGAGCAGGAGUUCUCCCUGGAGAUCAUAAAGAAGAUCGAGAUUGACGAUGGAGCAGAGCUGACUGCAGAGUUCCUGUAUGACGAGGUCCACCCCAAGCAGCACGCCUUCAAGCAGGCAUUCGCCAAGCCCAAGGGCCCCGUGGGGAAACGGGGACAGAAGCGACUGAUCAAAGGGCCGGGGGAGAACGGCGAGGACAGUUAGAUCCCAAAGGGCAGGAAGCCGGGUCAGGAAUAGGACUGUGAACUUCCGAUGGCACCCAGAAGGGCCGUGUCGACGGGAUCCACGUCUCCACUUCUGAGCCUGCCCGCUGAGCCCGGAGAGGCUUUCCCUCCCUCUCUUCUUUAGUAAAAUCAUUAACACCUGGCUUCAUUGGGGGGAGGGGGGGCCAAAGAAUCUGGGGCAGGGGAGGGAUCUGUGCGUGUUUUUAUUUUCUGUUCCCCCUCGCUCUUUUGUUGUGUAAUUCCUGAGCAGAAUGGUUGUUCUAGUCUGAAAUGAGAUUUAAACUGAUGCUCUUGCGACUUCACCUGCCUUGUGACCUGGUUUACCUGGUGCCUGCACUGACUGAAGGGCUCACUUACCAAUAAGCCGUGUUAUGCAGUGGCCUUAGAAUGAAAUCCUGGUUGGGGUUGAUCUGAUGGUGAAAACCAAAGGGUUUCCCCCUCCCCUUGAAUGUGUUGCUACAGACCUCUGCUAUCUGUGUCCAAGUCCCUAAAUCUUGACAACUCCCCUCUAUGGAACGGUCCCCUCAGCUGGUCAGUGCCCUGGUACAUACGUGCCAGAUGGCUGGCCCCCUUGGGGAGGCAGCCAGCUCUGCUGGUGUGUGGGAUCUGGGGAGCAUGGGGCAGGAAUGCUGCCCUGGCAUUCCCAGCCACAGCAGGGCAACUUCACCCUGAGGCUGGCAGGCUUGGCAUGAACGCACUCAAUGGGCAGGUGGUCUGUGAUCAGUGACCCCCCCCCACCUCCCCAAGAGCAAUGGCAUGCUGUCUAGGUGAGUGAAAGCCAGGCAGUUCCUCACCUCUGGGUGGAAAGGCAGUGGCUUUCGGAGAGCUGUUCUGUGUAUUUCACAGUCCAUGGUUUGGCUUGGAUUUGUGUAUCCAGGUAUGAAGGCUCCUCUAGUCACCUCCAUUUCCACCCAUUGGCUUCUCUGGCUUACAGAGCAGCCCAGGAGAAGCCCUAGGUCUGUGGCAUUGGAUUCUGAUCUACUAAAGGAAUUUCAAGCUGUAUCCUACCUGUGAUAUGUGAAAGGUUUGCUUCAUGACAGCUGAGUUGAGAGGACAAGGGAGGCUAGCCCUGAGCCAUCAACUCCUGCUGGCAGCUCUUCUUUGCCUGGGAUUUGAUCCUCUUGCAGCUCCAGCCAUCUCCCUAGAUCAUGGGUCCAGUGGAUCUGAACCCAGGCAGAUCCACUGGACCCAUGAUCUCCAGUAUCUGGCUCUGGGCUGCCUCACCAUACUGCAUUGGUGCAGGAACAUAUCUCAUGACACUCACUCCCAGCCCUACAGCUGCAUUAGCAUCCUGCCCUGACUCACCAAGAUCCACUCCUGAACCUCUGACACCCAUUCAGUCCUGAAUCCACCAUCCAAAGCCACAGGGACUUCUGAACGUAGGGUAGCAACUCACAGCCAACCAGGUGUACGUUGUGCGUCCCAGUCAAUCCAUAACAUCAUUCAUCCUCACACGAUUGUUUAACCCUUCAGUAUGCCCAGCAGUUGCAUCCCCAUCCUUCAUGCCAGCGCUGCACUCGUCUACCAGGGCAGUGCGGGUAGCCACUUAUAACUGUGGGCUACAGUACACGGUCACAUUGAUCAUUAACGGUGCAGCUUUGCUGGUUUGGGAGAACAUUAACAUUAGCAGGUUUAUCUGUUGCAUUCUGCACUCUGGUUAGCAGGUCUGUCGUUCACCCUGACCGGGAAUGCUUGGUGCCUGAAAGACUGUUGUAGAUCCACGUAAACCAGGUUGGGCAAAGAGAUGUCUAUGUAAGAAUGUUUCCCAGGGACACAGGCAAGAGCUGUGGCCCAUGAGGAAAGGUGAGGUGAGCUGUGGUGGUGAUGGGGAAGGAGCAUGUGCUGUCCAGGCCCACAUGCAUUAGAGCAUCAGGACCACUGCCGCGAAAGGGGGAGAGUUGUGGCUUGUGAAAAUCCACCUAGUAGAUGUUUGUUCCUGUGGGUCACAGUAUUUAAUGCACACAUCAUUCCAGCCCCUGGGCAGCCUCUGACUCGUCCGUUUGUACCACAUCUGAGGGGGCUCAGCCUUCUGUAUACAGUAGAACUGUGUGGUGUUCCAUUAGACUCGAAGCCAUUGUUUGUUUUGUUCUCUUGGCUGCCAUGGAAACUUUAAAGGAGGUGUCAGCCAGGUUGAUUUUCUGCAGCAGGGAUCAUCCCAAUCCUUGAGGAGGAAGAGUCUGGAUUGAGGUCAGCUCAUCCCUUCCAGGCAGGAAAUGGUGGUAACUUGGGUCUACAGUGCAAGACAAGGGAGGUGGUGAGGAAGGGAUUUUACCAGCUCCCGGCUCAGCCCAUCUGUCUCCUUGUUGCGAGGUUUUCAGCAGUCCUUUAGUCCCCAAGAGUUUGGCUGCUGGCCUUACCGCCUGGAACUGAUCAUGGCAGCGCUGGGGCAGCUGACUUCCUGAUGCCCAUCAGCAGGUUAGGGGUAAGUCUUGACCUGGCAGGAGACAUAAGCAGUCAUUGCCAGGGAUUUUAGGUUAGGGGCCUUGCUCAUCUUCCCUAGCAUAGACUAUCCAGCAGGUCCCAGUCUGAGCUGGGUUUUCACCUCCCUGGCUUUUCAGUCGAACUCUUUUGUUUCCUGCCAAUAGUAAUGGGAACUAGUCAGCGGGAUUCUCUUGUGACCAAACCAUGAAAUAUCCAGCCAUGUGGGGGAGGGGGGAGGGGAGUAUCCCUUUCUCCCUGCUCUCUAGAGGUCCAAUGGCUUUACAGACCUAGACACCUGCUUUCUUCGUGGAGUGAUGUAAUUGCAUCUUCUGUGGCACCUAUUCUAAUUGCACAGCCAUUGCUGACAUUUCUGGAUGUUGCUGAACUGUCCGUUCAUCUAUACCUUUGGGAAAGUUAUGUGAAAGGGUCCACAUACGGGGUGGGUAUCCUAUGCAUGCAAGGACCUAUUCGACCCAUGUUUUAUAUUGUGCUGUGGGACACUAACACCUGCUGGGGCAUCCCUGCCAUGGUGAGAUCCAGUGAAUAAGUGAUCUGUAUUAGUUCUGUCAAAGCAGAGGGUUAAUUUGUCAUGCUGGUGCCUCAUGUUAUCCCAUUCCAUCAGGAAUGUGCGCACAGUCCACUUUUCAGGAGUGUAUAAUAGGCCAGGACAGCAAGUGCUGGAACAGCUGUGUUAGGAGAGUUCUAGUCUCUUUCCCUGGGCGAGGAAUUGAUUUCCACAUCCUCAUCUGGGCAUAGAAGGUUCAUGGGAAGUGUUUGAUUACAUGCUUCUGGCCACCCUUGAUCCCAGGAAAAGACAUGGAGACCUGGUCAUCUUGUAGGCAUUAAGUAUCUGGGGUGGUGGUAGCUGUUGACCUAUUCACUGACUUGUCACCUAAGUCUCUUCCCCAUUUAGAAAAAAGUUAAUCCAUUUUAGAAAAGAGUCUACAAUGUAAACUAGGUCACUCAGACUGUCUCUAGACCAUAUGUUAUUUGGGCUCGUCAGUUAGUUUUGAUCCCACUGUUUUGCUCUAUUGAUGCAAAACAUCGGCAUAUAAUAAUGGCGAAGGUCCAGUUGAUACUCUUCUAAUACAUGAUCAAAUGUAGCUAUAGGACCUAU